AUGUCGCUCCCUUACCUAGGACCAGCCAACGCGCUCUCAUUUUGGCUCUACUCGAGGGUCGUGAGGGAGGGGAGGACACCCUUCCUGAUUGAAUAUGAUGGGAGGACAUUGUCCGGAGUGUAUCUGCGAAUGGCGAUGGUUGUGUAUCACCCGGUCAAUAAUAUCAUUUUCGACGAGAACCGAGGAAAGCCCUGUGUCGUGAGACUGGUCACGGAGUAUGCCCCAAUUGUGGGGGGAGUCGCAACGCCACCUCCGAGUGGAUUAAUUGGUGGCGAAGCAAUAUUGUUGGAGGAGUGUAUAUGGGGCGGUCAACUCGUGCUUAUAGCUACUAAUAUCUCUUUAAAAAAAACUAAUUACAGCACUCUUGCAUUAAUUGAGACCGGAGCAAAUGAAUAUUUCACGAACCGACUUUUGGCCGCACGGCCAUACACAGCCUUGAAGACCCCGCAAGGGCUACAAGGAGAAGUUUAUAACCUGGUAGAUAAAGAGGGAUUUGCAUAUGAAUCCAAUCAUAAUCGCCAUGCAGGAUCCACCAUCGGGGACGCAGGGGCAUAA